CCUAUCCCUCUGGAAAACGUCUUGUGAAGCUUCCGUUUUUGUGACAAUUCAGCUGUCGAAAACUUCUUUCCGGUUUACAACUUGUGGCAGAGAAGUUCGGCUUCAGAAGAAACCAACCAACCAAACGUACGAUGGCAAAAUCCAAGAAUCACACCAAUCACAACCAAAAUCAAAAGGCUCACAAAAACGGCAUCAGCAAACCAAAACGACAGCGUAAGGAAACAUCUCGUGGAAUGUGUCAAAAAUUUUUGCGCAACCUCCGUUUCUCGAAAAAGGGUAAUCUGUCUCGUGAAGAGUCCGUGAAGCGGGCGGAGGAACGUAAGGCUAAACUGGAGGGGCAGCCUCAACCGGUCAAGCUGUAGGUUGCUGAUUCGAUUCGCGAUUGUAUUCCAAAUUUUGAAAAUGGUCGUGCUUUCACCUGUUAAUGGAGGGAAAAGUAAUUUAAAUAAAUACUUUUGAAAGGA